AUGCAGCUCGUCCCACGCGCACGUGGUGCAGAUGCAGCAGCCCACUCACCCCACGUUCUCUCUCUCCCCCGCGUGGUGUGUAGCUCGCGCGACCUGCGCACACGCGCCUUCGACGCAGUCGUCACAGCGCCGGCGGAGACGCUGCUCUUCUUCCCCAAAAAUCCCCAACUGCCCACGCCUCGCGAGCAGUUCGGCAAUUUCUCCAUUCCCUCUCCCUCAAACGCUAGAACCGCCCGCCUCUCUCUGCUCGCCUGCGCGGCUUUUCCCCUGCCCUCGCCGUUCGUCGUCGUGCGUCUGCGCCUUGCCGCGCAACCGCCAUCGUCGUACCUUCGACCUUCGCUCGCCGGCCAUGGUGGACGCAGGAUGUCGCCGUCGAUGCUGUUCUCCCCGGCGCGCUCGUCGUUCGUACCCGCCUCGUCGGUCGUCGUCGGCAAGUGUAGAUAUCGGGCCGUUCGUGGAGUCUGAGAGAAUUGCAGGAGAAGACCCUGAGCAGCAGCAGCUUGGUGAAG